UGUGACUGUAUUCCCUGUUAAGAGAGAACGAAAGCUCAGUAAAUUGAAGGGGCGGAGCUUAUUGUUUGACGAGGAAGUAGCUGAUCUGAACGGCAGUUUUAGCGUUAGAAACAAGAUCAGACUGGAAGUAAGGAGAAAGGUUUCAAAAUGUUUCCAUAUUGCUCCAUCAGGCAUGUUACAGCUCUUUUCCUCUUAUAUCUUGUAUCUUCUCUUGCUGGUGUAGAAGGUGCCUGUGAUCCACCUCCUAGACUUUCUUAUGCCGAUGCUAAAUUAGACUCUGUCAACACUUACGAAAAUGGCUCAAAAAUAAAUUAUGAUUGUCUGCCUGGUUAUAGAUCCAUUCCUGGAACUAUUAGGUAUGUCACCUGUUUGGGUUCAACAUGGUCUAAUCCACCAACAUUUUGUGAAGUUGUGAAGUGCAGGAAUCCAGGAGAAAUACAAAAUGGACAAAUAGAAGAGCCAAUAAACCAGUCUUUUGGUUCCAGAGUGGUCUUUAAAUGUAAUACGGGGUACAGAAUGUUGAGCAAACUAAAUUAUAGGGAUUGUCAAAGUAAUGGAGAGUGGAGUAAUGAUGUGCCUAAAUGUGAAGCACAGGUUUGUCCUCCUCCUACUGCUAUUACUGAUGGAGACUUUUCUCCCCAAAAAGAUGAGUAUUCAUACCAGGAUUCUGUGACUUUUAAAUGCAACAAGGAUUUGGCACUUGUUGGCAGCACAUCUUUAUUUUGCACAGCUCAUGGAAAUUGGAGUUCAGAUGAGCCAAACUGCAAAGAUGUUGUCUGUGAAUAUCCCCAUGUUGAAAAUGGACAGAAGAUAUCAGGGCUUCGUGGUCCAUACAAACUAAAUUAUGCUGUUACAUUUAAGUGUGAUAAUGGUUUUGAGCUCACUGGACCUCAAACAAUAACAUGCACAGUCGACAACAUUUGGGAGCCUCCUUUACCAGAGUGCCGGCGUAAAGACAAAGAAGGCACAGAAAAUGCAGAGAAGCCUGGAAAUGUGGGUGUAAUUGUUGGAGCAAUUUUUGGAGUAUUGGCAGUUGGUGCUGCAGUUGGUGGUUCAGUCUAUUAUUUUAUAAUAAAAAAAAGAAAACCGAAGACUGAUUCUCCAAGAGCUCAUUAUUCAAAUGUCAGUAACUAAUUUCUCUCUGGAAUCUUUGUUUUCACUGUCAAUAUUUAUACAAAGUUUUAAUUAAAAAGAGAAAAUAGAUUUAUUUUUACACCUCAUCUUAACACACACAUCCAUUCUGGCAUGAAUUUUCUAAAUCUGUAUACUAUCAUCUUGAACUAGUGCAUCCCUUGAAUGAUACUGGAAAGCCAUAUUUAAAAAUUGCUUAUUUUACUUUUAUGUAGUAUAUGAAACAAAUUGUUGUGAAGGAAAACUAAGUAAUUACUUUUUACUGAAUUAUACAUACACUGGAUGAACUGUGGUAGAAUUUUAAAAGACGCAUAUAUUGUAGGAUGCAUUGAAUCCACAAUUUUAAUAGUCGAACCCUGAAUCAUUUGUGAAAGAUUCACCUGAAUCCCAAUCCGAAUCCUAAUUUGCAUAUGCAUAUUAGAAUCAGGAAGGGUUAAAGAGAACCACACAAAAUUUUCAGCUUCCAGGUUUAUGACAAAAAGUCACGUGAUUUUAAGGAUUCUGUGCAUCCCUAACAUAUUGUAUAUUUAUUUGACCUAAUGUCGUCUGGGGAGAGAGAGGAAGGGUAUAUUGCAAGUGCAGAAAGAGCACACUUUUAUCUUAAAAAAAAAAAAAUCACCUUGCCUUAUGGUAGGAUAA